AUGUCAAGCAGUACACUUCUUGUCCCGUUUAACGGGGCUGUAAAGUUUUCACCAUGGGAAGCCUUCGACAAAGUUUGGACGUCAGUAGCAGGAUAUCCUGCUGAAGACUUCAAGUUUGUUCCUGGAGAGACUCCAAUGGCUACACUAGAGGAAACUCUUGGCAUGGUCGUACUUUACUAUGCAGUGAUCUUUGGAGGUCAAGCAUGGAUGAAAAACCGUCCAGCAUACAAACUGAAUGGCUUGUUUAUGGCACACAACUUGAUGUUAACUGUUGUUAGCGCUUCAUUGCUUGUUUUGUUUGCACAACAGCUCAUCCCAAGUAUCUGGAAACAUGGCCUGUUUGAUGGUAUCUGCGGUGGAAGCGGAUGGACCAAGCCAUUGGUAACUCUAUACUAUUUGAACUACAUCACAAAAUACGUCGAGUUACUUGAUACUGUGUUCCUGUUCCUCAAGAAGAAGCCUUUGACUUUUCUUCACUGCUACCACCACCCAGCAACAGCACUUUUGUGCUACACUCAACUUGUUGGACAUACCCCGGUAUCUUGGGUUCCGAUCACUUUGAAUCUGUUCGUUCACGUUGUCAUGUACUGGUACUACUUCCAGAGUGCACGUGGAAUUCGUAUCACUUGGAAGGAGUGGAUUACCCGCCUUCAAAUUAUCCAAUUCGUCAUUGAUCUUGUAGCUGUCUAUUUUGCCUCGUGGAACUACUGGACUAGUACCUAUCACAAGUCUCUUCCCCACGUUGGAACAUGUGCGGGUGAACCAUACGCUGCUGUCGCUGGUUGCACAAUUCUCAGCUCAUAUCUUGUUCUCUUCAUCUCUUUCUACAUUGCUACGUACAAAAAGACCCCAGUCAAGAGAACCACAAUCAAAUCUCAAGAUGUGAAGAGUGGAGGAAAAUCAUAA